AUGUCACGUCCCAAACUUUUACCACCGGUACACUACACUAUAUCCGAAAAAAUCCUCUCCGAGGGCAUAGGAGAGAAUUUUUGGAGAGUAGGCAAAGGGAAUUUAAAUUUAAAAUUUAAAGAAAUUUAUGACAACGAUGUGGAUGAGGAUAUUAGUGGAGUAGAUGGAAGUGGAAUACAGUCAAAUGACUCGUCUACAAAUUCACUUAUUGAAUGGAACCGUCGAUUUCAACAAUCUAGUCCUCAUAUUUAUUUUCAUAAAAACAAACAAAAACCUUCAUUUUCAUCAUUAUCUAACGGUUCUAUUUUUCGAAUCGAACAAAAAACUCGUUAUUCAACCUCAACAACCAACUCAACUUCAUUAUGGCCUUUAAAAAAUUCUUCUCACAAAAAAUGUAUUUUUAAAUUAAAAAUUUGUAAAUUAAAAAUAAUUUUUUCAGUAAAAUUAAAUAAAAAUAAUUCAUUCCCAACAAAAUCAUUUAAAACAAGAAAAAGGAAAAAACAACAAAAAUCUUUAAAUAAAAAUACAAAUUAUUAUUUUCCAUUUAUUAUUAUUUCACUUUUACUUCUUUCAAUUAUUUUGUUGGCUUAUUCUGUUAUUCUAAUAGCUAAACAACAAAUUGAAAUAAAUUUACAACAAUCUGAUACUUUACCUCCUUAUAAGAGAUUACUUAGAGAGAAUGUUGAGAAGGUGAAGUUUUGA